AUGAUGAACUUCCGUCAGAGGAUGGGAUGGGUGGGCGUGGCUCUCUACCUGUUGCUCAGCAUCAUGGCAGUGUACUACGUCUUUGAGGUUCAUACUUUCAGUUUGGAGCGUGUGCAGAGAGAUGGGAUCAGCCCAUCGUCUUCAUCCCCUGCUGUCAACUGGUCUCACCUGCCAUCACUUCCUGUCUGGAUGUGGGCGUCGGUCUUCCUGCUGCCAUACCUGCAGCUCUUUCUCUUCCUGUUUUCCUGUACAAGAGCAAACCCUCGAGCCAUUGGUUACUGUGUACUUCCUGUCUGCAUUGCCCUGCUGUGCAACCGCCGUCACGCAGCCCAGAAACCAACCAAUCAAAAGGCUGGGUCGGUGAUCGAGACAUAG